UUUUAUUAGUGUUUUUAUAAAAUCAAACAAAAGUAUUAAAUAAAUAGCUGCUUUUUAAUUAAUAACGUGAAUAUAUCCUUAAAAGAAAUGACUAUUCACAGCGGCUUUGCUACUCGAUAGUAGGAGACUAAUUAUAAUAAAUGUGUUGAGGCUCUGGUAGUUGUUCUUUUUAAAAGAGUUAUUAAGGUUUAUACUAAGGAAGAAUGCGACGAAGAGUAAUUUAAACAAUAUCUCAUAAAAAUAUUAUCGUGCAUGCAUGAGCUAGAAGCUAACAAAUACGCUCCACCAAAAUAUUCUAAAAGAUCAGAUUAUUUAUGCUAAAUUCUUUAAAUAGAUUACAAGUCUUCAUUCAAAUUAUGUUUAUAAGACUCUCUUCAGCCCAAGUCAUCUAAUUUGAACACUAUUGCUAACUAAAUAAAGCGAAAUUAUUAUCGAAUUUACAACUGUUAAAAGACUUUAAAUAAGGCAGCUACAGUUGCUAAUGAUAAAGAUCCUUAGAGUUAAGCAAAUGGAAUUUAUUAAGAUGCAAAUUAAGUUACUACAUUGCGCAGUGGAAAUAAUUCUUUUGUUGUAUGCAAUUAAAAUAGCAGAUAACUUAAGUAGCAUUGCAAAAGAGGAAAUUCAUCAAACUGCUAAAAUAAAGAUAGAUUUGCAGAAAAAGCUCGGCCUAAAAGUUCCUUGACUUAAUCUCAUUUAUUAAAAAAUUAGGAAUGCAAAGGAAUGAAAAUAAAUAUUAAACAUAAAGAAAAUUGCUAAGAAAAAGAUAAAAAAUAUCAGGACUACCUUGAAAAGUAUAAUGAAGACUAUUUUAAAAAUUUAGAGCAAAGUUCAUUAGAGAAAUCUUUAUAAAUAUAAAAUUCAAGCUAUACAAUUAAUAAGGAACAACAACAAAUUACUUAUGAAUAACAAGAAAGUAAUAAUGAAGAUACUUUAACAUAGAUAGGCUGUUAAAAUCCAAUAGAGAUGGAUUAUUCAGACGAUUCUGUAAAUAUGAGAGGAAUUUCAAAAGAAGAUUGCACUUUAUAAGAUGAAGAAUGGCUUAUUAAAAAUAUAGAAGAGAUAUAAAAUGGACAGCAAAUAAGCUUUUAAUCUCCUUUUUCAUUUUCUCCUGAAAAAUAGUAUUUUAAAUAAAAAAGUUUUGAUUAAAGUAACAAAUAAGAAUAAGAAUUGAAUGAAGCAAAAUAAAGUAGGAGAUAUACUAAAUCUAAAAGUGCUUUAGCAUACUCUCUUGGUAUCAGCAAGCAGAUUAAUGAAAUUGAAAAUUAAAGCAAUAUUAACAAACAAUCAUUAUCUUAAUAAGAAGAAAUUUUAAAUGUUACAAAUACGAACUUAUAAAAAAGUGAUUUAAAUGCUAAAAUGUCUACUACUACUACAGACGAGAAUCAGUCUUUUGCAUAGCAGAAAAUAUCAAAAUUAAAAUCAACAAAAAACUCAGAAGAAAACUUUGGUCAAGGCACUGCUUAUUUUAAAGAAUAAAAUGAGCUAAUAAUAUCUUCUUCUAAAUUAAAUUAAAAUAAGAAUAAUUUGUAAACUAAUGAAAACGAAAGCAAAAGUUAAAGUAGCUAAAAAACUAAUAGGGAACAAAGAUCAUCAUUAGACGAACGCAGUAAAAUAGAAAACGAUGGUGAUUAAAUUGAUUAAAAAAAUAAUCUUGAUAACUAAAAUAAACCUCCUUUAGGUAUACUUAACGUUGUAAUACCAGGAAAGAAGAUAACUAUAUAGGAAAUCUCUGAGUAAUUUAUAAAAUCUAGCAGUCCUUAGUUCUGUUAAAAUUAAAUAGAUGCUAUCAAGCAAUAACUUAACAUGCAAACUACCUACUUGUAAAUUCAAUAGCAAUAACUUGAUAAAAAAAUGCAACAGCAACAGUAGGAAUUACAAAAGCAACUUUAAAGCAAUUAAAUAAAUCAACAGAAAUUGAUAAAAGCAGAAUAAAAUAAUAUUUAAAUAGGAGGCCUUUAAGAAACUGGCAAAUAAAAUUAAUAUAUUCAAGAUACUCAAGAUGAGAGUUAAACCUAAAAUCAAAUAGAAGAAAUAUAAGAAGAAUAAGAAGAAGAGGAAGAAUCUGUUUUUAAAGGAAGUCCCCAAAAGAAAAAGAACAAAAUAUAAUAAAUUCAACUUAGGUAGCUUAGAAAAGAAAGACAAAUUCAGAAUAGCAAAUAUAACGAUAUAUAAAAAAACUAAAAUAUCGCUGCUGAUGAUAAUAAUGAAUUAGAGUAUAAAUUUGAAGAUAUUUCAGCAAAUAACUUAACAUUAAAAUAGAAAAACGCAGCUUCAAACAACUUUUAAUAAACACUUAAAUAAGAAAUUUAGUAGGAAAACAAUCUUAAGAAAGAAGAAUAAUUAUAAAAUAAAAAUAUUAUACAAUAAGAGACAAUUAAUAUAAAUAAUGAUUAAAAAAAUUAACUGCAUGAUGAUAUUGCAAAAGCUUAAAAUAAAUAAAUUAAAAGAAGAGUAAAAAUACUACCUAGCUAAUCAAAUCAUAAUGAAUCAAAGUAAGAUGAUUCAUAAUAAAAAAUAUUCUAAGAUAUAUCUAAUAUUCAUUAAAAUAAGCUGCUAAAUGAGUAAGAAUAUUGCAAGGUGAUUUAAAGAUGUAAAACUGAAUUAUAGCAUGAAAGAUUACCUAUUAAUAAUUAGCAAGAUGCAAAUAAUGUCUAGAAGGUUCAUAAGACCAUAGAUUAUGAAAAUGACAAAAAAAUCAACGAUUCUAAAAUCCCAACACGAUUUUGUAAUUAAAUAGGCAAACAAUCAGUUAAAGAGUGUUAAGAGAUUAUUGAUAGGAAAAAUUCUAUUGAACCAACAAUUCCUAGCAUUGAAUAUCAAAAUCUCAGAAUAACCUCAAAUGGGUCUGUUUAAAGAAACUAAAGUGCUUAAUCAAAAAGUAGGCAUACUUAAUAAAUCAAUAUAAGUCUUUCACCAACAUUUCACCACUAACCCAAAGACAGCAAUGAAAAUAAUAAUACCAGCUUUCAAUAAAAGGCAUAGUUUAAAAUAUCUAAGAGAAGAGAGCUUUCAUAAAGCUUUAGGGAUUAAUAUGGUGAGUCUAUAAAAGAGCUUAGCACUGAAAUUUAUAUAAAUAGUGUGAACUCUAAAAAAAAUGAAUAUCUAACUCCUUUUUGGGGGGAAGAAAAUAAAUAAAUUAUAAAAUAGACUUUUCCAAAGCAAGAUGUUUAAAAUAAAUAAACUAAUUAAAUGAAAUAAAGUAGCAUGUAUAGUAACCCAAUAAAAGAAACCAUUUAAAAUAAUGAGAGUUAACAAGGAAAGAAAUAAAUGUAAGAAAAUGAUAAUAGCAAAGGAAAUAACUAAAUAGCAUACUCUUUCUACCCUAAUUAGUAUGAAAACAGUUAAACUAUUGAUUAAACAAAUAAGGAUAUUACAUUGUCCAAUAUUCUAAAUGGCCCAUAUAACCCUUAGCAUUUAAGCUAGCUUUAAAAAUUACCAAAAGAAAAGAAAGAUAGCACAAAAAGCCCAAAAACAAAAGUUAGAUCUUAUACUUCUCAUUCUUUCACUCAAAAUAACAACUUUAAGUAGAGCAAUGAGAAUUCAAAUGCUUUAAUCUUUACUCAAAUGCCAGCUAAAGUUUACUACUAACCCUCUAAUUCAAACUCUCCAAUAUCUACUAUUUCUGCUACUUCUAAUUCCACCAAUAAUAAAAAACUCAAUUUUAAAAACAAGUAAUUAGAAAAGGACUCUUAUUUUAGAUUUUGA